GGAGAAGGGGUGGGAAUGCGCGCACAAAGGGGAGGGAUACGCUAGCUGGUUGUAGCGUUGCCAUGUGUGCAGGGAGCGUACCCCCAAAAAGCUCCAGUGGGGAAAGUUCAGUCGGUGUUUGCAGCCUGAUCCUCAGAAGCCCCGGUAGUCUUAUCUCCUCUGUGCGGUUCAAGGUCCGAGCGCGGUUUCAUUUUUAAGAGCGCGGCUCCUCCGCUUGCACAACUUUAUAUUUCCUCUCGUGUGAAGCAACCGGCGUGCUGCGGUACUACCGUCACUCCGCUCAGGGUUUUCUUUCGUAAAGUUUUGCUGAGACCAGGCCGUGCAGUAUGUCCGCCACACGGAUGCAGCUGCUGUCACCCAGAAAUGUUCGGUUUCUUAGCCGGGGGCGAAGCGACUUGUUAGCCGGUAGCAGCAGCGGAGCGCAGCGGGCCGGCGGUGUUCCCACUCCCAGGGUCCGCUCACUGACCUGUCCCCCUCUGUCCCCCUCCUAUCCCGGCAGAGCCUUAUCGAGUCUGAGCGCGACGCGACACGGGCUCCCCAAAGAGAAAAUGUCCGAAAACGGAGUGGUGUCCCGGGCCAAGGUGUUGACCAUCGACACCAUGAACCCCACGGUGAAGAAGGUGGAGUACGCGGUGCGGGGGCCCAUCGUGCAGCGGGCUGUGGAGCUGGAGAGGGAGCUCUCAGAGGUUUGUAGCCUCUGCAUGGACCACACUCUGUUUUACAUUUGCAUCUCAACUUUGUAUAUGGAAAUACAGUACGUGUCUUCCUUACACCAGUCAGCUAACAUCUCAUCGACAGUGCAGUGCAGCCUUUGUGCAAGUUUGAACUUUUAUUUCACUGCAACUUACUUUGAACCUUCUCGCGUCUGAAAACCCCCAACGACU